AUGGCCGACUUGCUGGAGCUACUCGCUCCACAUCUAGAUCCCACUCAAUCGCACGAUGUAACUACCGACAAAUAUCUCACUCGCCUCUCAACCUUGACGCUUGAAGCUCUCCAGACCACAGAACCCCCUUCGCUCGCCCAAUCCUCCCACUCAACCCUUCUAUCCCUCCAAGCCCUAUCGAACCGUUCGCACCGGGCAUUUGUCACCUCUGCCGAUAAUUUGUCCACACUAUGUACAUCUGUUCCACAGUUGACCCGCGAGGCGCAACAGCUACGCGAUGCUAUCCCCAAACUCGACGAGGAGGCCGUUGGGUUCUCCACCAAAUACAGUAAAAUCACAGACAAUGCCGCCCUAGAACGACGGAAGAAAGCGAUGCAGCUAUCUCGCAAUGUCGAUCGAUUGUCAGAUAUCUUGGAACUACCAAGUCUGCUGUCCAAAGCCGUCUCCGCGGCCUCAGUCAACUCCGGUACCGGUGUCUCCUCUACAACCUACUCCUCUGCACUCGACCUGCAUGCACAUAUCAAGCGACUACAAACAUUAUACCCCGAAUCACCAUUGAUUCAAGAUGUUGCAUCCCAGGCCGAGGAUGCUAUGAAGGACAUGACAAGUAAUCUGAUCACGGGGCUCCGAACCCAGAGCCUGCGGCUAGCAGCUGGUAUCCGAACUGUGGGUUGGCUGCGGCGAGUAGCCCCGGAUUUAGAUAUGAUUCAGAGUGAUGGGGCGGUCGGGACAGGAGAAGGCGCUCUUGGGGCCAUCUUCCUGGUCUGCAGACUAGCGCAUUUGGUAUCGACGCUUGAAGCUCUGGAUCCCCUCCGCGAGCUCGCGGACCAAGAAACCCAACGGAGACUCGGAGGCAAGGACAAAUCAGACACAACCUCGUGGUCCGGCGGUCAGCAGACUGAUCGCUACUUAAAAAGAUACAUUGAGAUCUUCCGUGAGCAGAGCUUUGCAAUUGUCUCGCUAUACAAGAACAUUUUUAACUCUGAGCAAUCCGAAUCCGAGUUUGCCAUAUCAGGUUUACGAGGUGCAGACGCCCACUCCAAGGCCAAGUCAAAGCCAGCACACUCAGCUGACCCCUUGCAACGCCUCCCCCGGCUUUGGCUACUUUCCCAAUGCAUCUCGUGCAAUUGCUCGCGGAUACAAUGCGUUCCUAUCUUCCCAACGUCCGAGAUCGGAGUUCGAGGGAAAGCCUUCUCACCCAGCUUCUGUACUGUGCUGCAAGUCUUGGUCGCCUUGGCGGUGACUUUGGCAUGA